UUUUUUUUCUUUUUUUUUUCUUUUUUAUUUUCUAUAUAUAAAGACUGAAUAUGCCAGUGAUUGUUCCUUUUUUCUCAGGGGCAAAACAACUUACUAUUGAACUCGCUGAACCGGUAGUUAUUUUAAGAGGCACCCAUGACGAUAAGAUUACACAUGUUCUUCAAGGUGAAGUAAGCCUUGUUUUAACAAGACCUAUCUCUAUUUCACAAGUUGUCAUUCAAUUUGUUGGCAAAUCUCAUGGCUUAUGGCCUGAAGGCAUUGGAGCUAGAGGUACUAAAUAUUAUCAUGAAAAGAUAAUACAUGAGCAAAAUAUGAUAUUACAAUCUUAUCCAGAUACACCAAGACAAGAAGGUAUCUUAUCAGCUGGUAUUCAUCGUUGGCCCUUUCAAUUUUUAUUAUCGAACCAGCUUAUCGAAACAAUUGAAGAUGAAAUGGCUAAAGUAUUUUAUUAUGUGACAGCCGUUGUACAUCGUAUCGGUAUGGGGGCUACAAAACUUCAAAGUCGACGAGAUAUUCUUUUAUUAAGGACACCCAACUGGUCAGAUAAUGCGUUAACAGCCAACUCACUCCCUACUACAUCCAUUACGUCUGAACGUCGAUUGGAAAUAUGUGAUGCUACUAUCUGUAUCGAAAAAUCAAAUGUCUCCUCUGGUACUCAAUUUCCUAUCAUCAUCUCUCUUUCACCCAACCUUAAAAAUAUUUACCUCGAAUCCAUUUCAGUUGUCUUGACUGAAAAACGCGUUUAUAGAUUACCAGAAUUCCAAGCAUUUCGUUCAGAGACACAUGAUUUUAAAGUCAAUAUUGCAUCCAUUACAAACUUAACAGAUUCAACCUUCCAUCAUCAAAGAUUUGAUUUAUCCAUGAAAGACAUGCGUCGUCUCUUGAACGUCAAAAACGCUCAUAUCCCUUUAAAUGAUCAUGGGCCCUUUUAUUACCGCUUGAUUUUUACAUUACCCAAUUGUGUCUACCUCAAUCAUACCUCUACCUUCUCAGAGAUCGACAUUCGUCAUACCCUCAAGAUUCGCAUUGAACUUUCUUCAUCUAGCAAUCAAACAAGAACCCAUAUUCGUUUAGAGACACCCAUUACCAUACUCGAUUGUCGUUUAAAAGAAGAUUAUAACGCAUUACCUACCUAUGAGGAAGCACUUUUACUGGAUCCUAUCGUUGAUCAUGACAGUACUGUCGAUUCAAAAUCUCCAGGAUUCUUUAUCUGUCCUUGUUAUUUGGAAUAUAAAAAGAAACGUAAAUGUACCCGUCGUGACUGGAUGUUAAUUCGAAAUGAACAACAUUUGCUUUCUUCCGGUAUCAAUGCUACUACCCAACACUCGUUCCAUUCUGUGCAUCCUCCACCUUCUUAUGAAUCUAUUGAUAUGAAACAAUAGUUUGUAUUUAUUUAGCUUAUUUAUUUAUAUUUUUUUUUUUUCAUUUACAUUUAUAAUUUAUUAAUACUGUAAAUAU